CUUUACCCAACAUGUCCGCCUCCGGCUGAAGCAUCGGGAAUUCCAUCGGCCAUCGAAUACCAUACAAACUAAUCUGCGUCCUCCGAUCUCGGCAAGGAAUCGUCUUUCUCACCGGGAGCCAUGGCCGUCCACGCCAUGCCCCCGAAACGGAAAGAAAUCUACAAAUACGAGGCACCAUGGCCCCUGUACAGCAUGAAUUGGUCCGUUCGACCGGACAAGAGAUUCAGGCUGGCCCUGGGAAGCUUCGUGGAGGAAUACAACAACAAGGUUCAGAUCGUGUCUCUCGACGAGGACACCUCGGAGUUCUCGGCCAAGUCCACUUUCGAACACCCUUACCCGACCACAAAAAUCAUGUGGAUCCCAGACACGAAAGGGAUAUGCCCCGACCUGCUGGCCACGAGCGGAGACUACCUGCGGGUCUGGAGGGCAGGAGAACCCGAGACGAGAUUAGAAGUUCUCCUCAACAAUAACAAAAACAGUGAUUUUUGUGCACCACUAACAUCCUUUGAUUGGAACGAAGUGGACCCGAACAUCAUCGGAACGUCCAGCAUCGAUACGACUUGUACCAUCUGGGGGCUGGAGACAAGUCAGGUCCUCGGUCAGAGGAGUCACGUGAACGGGCACGUCAAGACGCAGUUGAUCGCGCACGACAAGGAGGUUUACGACAUAGCCUUCAGUCGAGCUGGUGGCGGAAGGGACAUGUUUGCAUCAGUUGGUGCCGACGGAUCGGUGAGAAUGUUCGACCUACGUCACCUGGAGCAUUCGACCAUCAUCUACGAGGACCCAACACACACGCCUCUGCUUCGCCUGGCAUGGAACAAGCAAGAUCCAAACUAUCUUGCAACAAUUGCCAUGGAUGCUUGUGAAGUGAUCAUCCUGGACGUCAGAGUACCAUGUCGACCCGUGGCCAGAUUGAACAACCAUAGAGCCUGUGUGAAUGGUAUCGCCUGGGCCCCGCAUUCUCCAUGCCACAUUUGCACGGCUGGUGAUGACCACCAGGCACUGAUCUGGGACAUCCAGCAGAUGCCACGAUCCAUCGAAGACCCCAUCCUUGCCUACACGGCCGCCGAGAGCGAGAUCAACCAGAUCCAAUGGGGAGGGACACAGCCGGAUUGGAUCGCCAUCUGCUACAACCGAUGCCUUGAGAUCCUGCGAGUGUGACAUGAUGCCAUGUGGACAAGAAACCAGUAGUGCACAGGGAAUACAUCCACAAUCCCGCAACCAAUCUACUGGUAUGGUGAUAUUGUAAAAUUUUUUUCUGUCUUGCAUCCAAGAAUGCCAGGUAGAGAAGACUGCUAUCAACUAAGAAUAGCAAGAAAAUGAGCUGCUCCUCUUCAGCAUGUCUGCUUCAAGUACAAAGGAAAUCUCAGCUUUGGAACCAUAUGAAAUCGUGUCUUCUCUUUCAAUGCAUCCAAUUGGUGUACUGGAUGUGUGGACUUGGUCAAGGAAAGUGAAACCAUGGGCAUUUCAAAACCCUUAUAAUGCCUCCAUGUUUUUGUGUGUCGUGUUAUAGUCCUUUCGUUGAAAUGAAUCUUUUUUUGUUUUGAGCCAAGAAAAUAA